GAAAGCAAGGACCACAAUGUGAAAAAUCCAAAAAAUUAUAAAACCCCCAAAGCAUUAAUUAAGCUUCUAUAGUACUUUUAAGCACCAUAAUCACCCCCACCCCCACGCGACCCCCACCCCCCAACUCUCCUAAAUCCAGUUAUUGUAUGUAUAUAUAUAUAUAUAUACACAUAGAUACACAUUUGAUCGAGUUAAUGAAGCCUCAAUGCCUUUGAGAAUUUGAACAUUUUUUCCUUUUUUUUUUUUUGUAUACAAAAAUGGAGGAAGAAUUGCAGAAGCGGUUUACUGAUUGUGUCUAUUUUUUAGCAUCUCCUUUAACUUGCAAAAAGGGAAUGGAAUGUGAAUAUCGACAUAGUGAGAUAACUAGGCUCAACCCCAGGGAUUGUUGGUUCUGGCUGGAUGGAGGCUGUCUUAACCCAACAUGUGCUUUUCGACAUCCGCCAUUAGAUAGCCAUGCUGACACAUCAUCUGAACUGGCUCCGCGACCCAAUAAAUCUGCACUGCCUGUUAACAAGACAAAUGCUCCCUGUUACUUCUAUUUCAAUACCUAUUGCAAAAAAGGUGAAAGAUGCUUAUAUCUGCACGGACCUGAUGAUGGUACAACUGCAUGGAAAUCCUCGAAAAUAGCUUCUGGAGUCCCUGAUGGACCAACAGCUGAGAAGAAGAUAUCUGCAGGAAGUGAAACUGGUCCUUCAGCAGUCGAAAAACAUCCCGAUUCUUCUGAAACAGGGCCCAAGGCAGCAGCACAUGAAUAUAUCAAGUCAAAAGUGGAUCUCCAUUUGAUGACUAAUAAUGUUGGUGCGCUGAGUGCGUCUCAUGAGACUUCGGGAUCUCCUUCUGAAGAAGCUACUGCAUUCGGGUUAGAUUCUUUAGUCCCUGCUGAAGGCUUUAUCCAAGGAGGAUCCGAUUUGUCGCCUAACCACAGCUCAGAUGAAGAAGUGGAUGACCUUGUGGAGAGAGAGGAGUGGUUGGAAUCAUCUCCUGGUUUUGAUGUUCUUGUUGAUGAUAGAGUAGAAGGUUUGGGUCACGAAGAAGAUCACAAUUAUAUGCUGCACCAUGAUAUGGAAGACAGGGAGCUUGAUGAACGAUUUGCUGGAUAUGAUUUUGAGAACAACCUCGAGUAUGAUCCUGCAUAUCCAGAUUUGAGAAUUGCGACUGAGGAAGAACUAGAUGAUUCUUAUUAUAACAUUGAGAAUCAUGAAAUAAAUGAAUAUGUCAGAGAAAUCACUAUCCCUGCUCAUGGAAGACAGAGUGUUGUAUCGCGUAAAAGAGAGUUGCGUAGAGAACUGGCUUUUUGUGGAAGAGGCAAUGUUGACCUCCGGGACACUCUGAAGAGGCGACGAGUCAAUGAAAGUGAUCCUUCAAAUCACUCAUUUAGAAGGUUAGCCCUAUCUAGGUCGAGUGCCCGUGAGCAAGACAGAGACAAGCAUCGCCCACAAGGUCUCCCGUGGAUGCCUCAAAGACUGGCUUCAAAAGUGGAGAGAAACUCUUCUUUCUCCCCUCACUUUUUGGACCGAACUCUUCCAGACACUGCCAAUCGGCUGAGAAGGUUGAGACAAUCUCAAGGAAGCAGUUACAGACAGCAGCAUUUCAAGGACAGGAGACGGGGUCGGCCACGGCUUUUUGCAAAUGAACCCCCUAGGAGGAUGGCUACUAGGAAGAGAAUGACUGAAGUUCCAAAGAUGUUUAGUGCACCCAAGACUCUAGCUCAGAUUAGAGAAGAAAAGCAGAGAGGAAGAGAAGAUGGAAAUUCUUUCGAGGGGACCGGUCCUUCUGGAGGCAGUGAAAGAGAAGAUUUUUCAGGUCCAAAACCUCUCAGUGAAAUUCUCAAAGACAAAAGAAGGCUGGGUUCAGUAGUGAGCGUGGGCAAUUAGUAGAAUUUAAAGGGUUUUGAUGAAAACUUGGUUUUGAAAAAGCAAGCUUUACUCUAAGCUUGGUGCAAAGUUUUGUUAAAAGGGAUGUGAACAUGUACAAUUUUCUGGAUUAGCAUUUGAAACUUUACAAAUUUUGAAACAGUUUAAAGUCAUGGAUAUGUCGUAGAAAAGAUUGUGCAAUUGAAUGUUACAGGAACAUUGAAAAGUA